AUGCUCGGGUACACUGCAGAGCUGCGCGUGCAUGCCAGGGAGGUGAGUGGAUCUGCCUCAGCCAUGGCAAAGGGAACCAAAGUGUUGAAAGUGUUGCUGAGCCUGGUGGGGCAGGGGGUGGCUGCUGCUCUAAAAUGGAAAAAUGCAAACAAGUAUGGAACAGGUGCAGACGAGUUCCGACUGCUGUGGAAGCAGCUUGGUGCAGUAGGGAAAGCAUCGGAUUUGGAACCAGAUUUGGACCUGAGUUGA